AACUUCGCAAUAGGUUGGAUGUCUCCCAAGCUGGCGUUCCGCAACAGUUAAUAAAAAAUAAAAAUAAUACAAAUACAAAACAGAGCGCGCAAGUGCCGCGAAACCUAAACCUUAAAAGAAAAAGUACAAAAGUUUUUUUGAAACAACAAAAAAGCUAAGCCAAAAGCAAAUAUUUAUAUAUAAAUAAUAUAUAACUGUACAAGUGCAAGUUCGCAUCAUGACAUUCCGCGUCGCAGGACUUUUCCUUAAGAACGAGCUCACCGCUCCCGCUGCCAAGCAGCUGCGUAUGCUCUGCACCUCGCAGACCGCCCGUGCGCAGUUCCUGAACAACUCACCCAACACAGCGCUGGACAAGAGCAUACUGCAACGCUACCGUAACCUUGAGACGCCCGCCAAUCGUGUUCAGGCCACGUAUCUCUGGAUUGAUGGCACCGGCGAGAAUAUUCGCCUAAAGGAUCGCGUCCUGGACAAGGUGCCCAGCGCCGUUGAUGAUCUGCCCGACUGGCAGUACGAUGGCAGCUCCACCUAUCAGGCACAGGGUGAGAACUCGGACACAACACUCAAGCCACGCGCUAUCUACCGUGAUCCCUUCAAGCCCGGCAAGAACGACAUCAUCGUCAUGUGCGAUACGUACAGCGCCGAUGGCAAGCCCACGCCCUCCAACAAGCGUGCCGCCUUCCAGGAUGCGGUCGACAAAAUUGGCGCGCACGAGCCUUGGUUCGGCAUUGAGCAGGAGUACACAUUACUGGAUGUCGAUGGCCGUCCAUUUGGCUGGCCCGACAACGGCUUCCCAGCCCCGCAAGGACCUUACUACUGCGGCGUGGGCGCCGAUCGUGUCUACGCACGUGAUCUCGUCGAGGCUCAUGCCAUUGCCUGCCUGUACGCUGGCAUCGACUUUGCCGGCACCAAUGCCGAGGUGAUGCCCGCCCAGUGGGAAUACCAGGUGGGUCCUAGCCACGGCAUGAAGGCCAGCGAUGAUCUCUGGGUGUCGCGCUAUAUCCUGCAGCGCAUUGCUGAGGAGUACGGCAUUGUGGUCACCUUCGAUCCCAAGCCCAUGGAGGGCCAGUGGAACGGCGCUGGUGCCCACACAAACUUCUCCACAAAGUCCAUGCGCGAGAAUGGCGGCAUGAAGGCCAUCGAGGCGGCCAUUGAGAAGCUGAGCAAGCAGCACGAUCGUCACAUCAAGGCCUACGAUCCCAAGGAGGGCAAGGACAACGAGCGUCGCCUGGUCGGACGCCUGGAGACCUCCAGCAUUGACAAGUUCUCCUGGGGCGUGGCCAAUCGCGGCGUCAGUGUGCGUGUGCCCCGAGGCGUCGCCACCGCCGGCAAGGGUUACUUCGAGGAUCGUCGUCCCAGCUCCAACUGCGAUCCCUAUGCCGUCUGCGGUGCCAUCGUGCGUACGUGCCUGUUGAACGAGUAGAGUGUGGUCGGGGGUAUCCCAAAAUACGCGACAAAAACAAAACACACAAAAAACAAAUGCGAGAAAGAAUGAAAAAGAAAACUAAAUCGAAAAAAAAAACAAAAACAAAAUUUAAACGUGCAUACAGCAUUUAAGUUGAAAAGAAUGAAGAAAAGUGAAAUUGGAA